AGUGGCUCCAACCACAGUCACAGAUGCUCCAACCCCAACCACUUCUAUUCCACCCACCACAACAACAGCUCCAACCAACACAACAGCUGUUCCAACCACAACAGCGGUUCCAACCACAACAGCAACUCCAACCACAACAACAGCAGCUCUAUCCACAGCUCCUAUACCAACCUUAAUGCCAUCUACUCCAAACCAAACCACAGUCUUUCCACCAGUCCCAGCUACUAACACAACUACGCUUAUUACAACUACUACAACUGAAUCUCCGGCUCUAAUUUAUCAUGUUAUAGUGGUUAUUAUUGAACAAUUUGAUGAAGAUCUCAAAAAUGAAAGUAGCCAAAAAUUUAUGGACCUUGCAAAAAGGAUCACAGCAGUUUUUGACAUGAUCUACAGGGAAGUUUUUGGACCCACCUUCGUCCCUAGUUAUGUCAUUGCAUUUAGAGUUUCUUUAGCAUCCCAAAUUCGAAUGAAUGUCACAGAAGCAGAAGUUGCGGUGGAGUUUAACAAAGCCACUCCACUUGUGAAACUCCCUAAGAACGAAGUAGUACAAAAAACGUUAGAAGAUGCUAUUGAUAAAGCCUAUAAGAACACUAUCAUGGAUGUCCCAUUUUCACCUGGCUCUGUCCAAGUAAUACGCUCACCUUUGCCAACCACAUUACCCACUACAAAUUCUACAGUCACUACCAUGGCUCCAAACUCAACUACAACUACUACAGCUAAACCAACAACCAAAACCACAACUACAACUACUGCAGUUAAACCAACAACCAAAACCACAACUACAACUACACCUCCAACUGUGGAGGCAACAAUCACAAGGAAACUGACUUUCAGGUCUCGUGGCGAGACCUUCACCACUGAUUUGCUGAACCCAUCAUCUGCCGCAUUUAAAAGUCGAGCUGCACUUAUAAAGUCAUAUCUUGAACCUCUCUUCCAGCGAGAGUUUCCUACAUUACGAGACUUCAUUGUAACUUCAUUCAGCAACGGAUCCAUUAUCAACAACAUGAACCUUAAAUUCUCAGCAGCGUUUGCACCUAGCAACAUUCAAAUUGCAGAGGUUUUGCUGAAAGCAGCUUCGAAUGUCACAACUUUCAACAUCGACACUGGUUCUAUUCUUGUGGAUGACACAGCGGUAUCGAGUGGAGUAAGCCACAACAUCAGCCUCAUCACUGCACUCAGCUUGGUCCUGUUGUCAUGGCUUCUUUCAAACCAGCAAUAACGACUCUGCUGGUUUCCAGAG